CCCGGCGGACGGCCCCGCAGCCCGAGGUAUGGUUUCCCAGAGCAGUGGUACUGGUGGGCCCAGGCUGGGCAUCCCUGUCAAGUCUUCCCAGGGUGCGUCUAUUACCAGCACAUCAGAGAGGAAUGAAAAUAGCUCAACCUUUGUUACAUUCUCCUGCGGCAUUUCCAUGCAGGCAUGGAGGGCCGCGGGGUGGCGGACAGCCUGCAGCGGUUCUCCUCGCUCCCCGCCUACCUCCCCGCCAGCCUGCACGUCUCCGACGCCGAGGAGGCCUUCUUCCUGAGAGAGGCCAACCAGGACCUCACGAGGAACUCCAGCCUGCAAGCCCGGGUCGAGUCCUUCUUCGUCUACCGGGCCCGGACCCCCCCGACGGUCAACGCCACCUACGGCCCCUUCGCCGCUGAGCAGGUCAUCCCCGAGGAGCUUCUGCUGGCGUCCACACCCUUUGGGAAGAUGGAGAAGUUUCCCUUCAACUGGAAACUGAAGGCCCACAUCCUCGACAGCUCCAUCUACUCCAACCGCCCCAAGGUGCAGACCUUGUUUUAUAUCACCGGGAUGGACUGGGAGGACAGCGACGCCGCCCAGAGCCUCCCCUGCGUCAGGAUGUUCGCGUUCCCCGAGGCCAGGGAGGUGGCGGCCAGCUGCCGGCUGCAGGGUGCCCCGGGGCUGUGCGUGGCCGAGCUGGAGCUGCUGCCCGAGUGGUUCAGCUCCGGGCUGGACCUGGAGCCCGAGGAGGAGAUCCCAGCCCUGCUGGGGGGCACGGCCAUGGAGCUCUUCUUCGCCGUGUACCCGGCAGACCAGGCCGGCCAGUGUCCCCUGGAGGAGGAUGCCAAGUGGGAGAACAACAUCCACGCCGGCCCCGAGGGCCCGCAGCCCGCCGUGCCGGCCCGGGAGCGCAUCGGGAGCGUGGUGGUCUACCCCACGCAGGACGACCUGCGCUGGUCCCUGCUGAGCCUGGACCGGAACGUGGCCAUCUCCGUGCCCCUGAACCUGGUCCACGAGGGGGACGCGGCCACCUUCCUGGUGUCCCUGACCAGUGGCUCCGUGGCGGACCACUUCACUCUCAGAAUUAAGGCAGCAGCAGGUGUGAAAAUAACGGCGGUGAGAGUGAGCAGUGAGGACCAGUGGGCCGUCCAGGAGGAGAUCGACAGCGACGGGGACCAGACCACGGCCACGCUCACCUGCGUGGGCCACCUUCCGGACGCGCGGAGCAGGGCGAACGGCUCCUUCUACGAGCUCUUACAAGUGGACUUCGGGAUCGACAACAGCAGUGGCCUGGCGGGGGCCCAGCAGAUCACCUGGCAGGUGGAGUACCCGGCGGAGGACACGUGGAGCGAGCUGGUGGUGGCCGAGAUCUUCGUCAGCCCGACGUCCUAUGUGGGCAUCGUCCCCCUGGCCAUGGACACGGAGGUGCUGAACACGGCCGUCCUCACGGGGAAGGUGGUCUCGGUGCCGGUCAAGGUCGUGGCCGUGGAGGAGGAUGGGUCCGUGGUGGACGUGUCCCCGGCCGUGGAGUGCAGGUCUGCGGACGAGGACGUCAUCAAGGUCUCCAACACCUGCGACGCCAUCUUCGUGAACGGGCGGGAGAUGAAGAGCAAGGUGGACACGGUCGUGAACUUCACGCACCAGCACUUCACGGCGCAGCUGUUGGUGACCGUGUGGGCGCCGCGCCUGCCGCUGCAGAUCGCGCUCUCGGACGCGGAGCUGAGCCAGGUCAAGGGCUGGCGCGUGCCGGUGCCGGCGGCGGCCGACAGGAGGCCGGCGCGGGACAGCGAGGACGAGGACGACGAGGAGCGGCGCGGCCGCGGGUGCGCGCUGCAGUUCCAGCGCGCCAAGGUGCGCGUGCUCGCGCAGUUCGCCGCCGAGGCCGGGCCGGGCCCGCCGCGCUUCCUGCUGGGCCCCGACUGGCAGUUCGACAUCACGCACCUGGUCGCCGCGUCCAUGAAGGUGGAGGAGCCGCGGGUCGCGCAGCUGCAGGAGGGCCGGACGCUGGUGGGCCGGGAGCCGGGCAUCACCACCGUGCAGGUCCUCUCCCCUCUGUCUGACUCCAUCCUGGCGGAGAAGACGGUCACUGUGCUGGACGACCGUGUCACCAUCGUGGACCUGGGCGUGCAGCUGGUGGCCGGCCUGUCCCUCUCCCUGCAGCCUCACCGAGCCGACAGAAGGGCCCUUGUCUCCACGGUGGCCGCCCAGGACACCCUCCAAGCCCCACAGCAGGAGGCCAUCGUCAGCGCUUGGAUUUUGUUCAGUGACGGUUCGGCGACACCCUUAGACAUCUACGACCCCAAGGACUUUUCGGUCACCGUCUCGUCGCUGGAUGAAAUGGUGGUGUCCGUCCCGGCACACCUCCAGGCCCAGUGGCCGGUGGUGGUGGCAGAGGGCGAAGGGCAGGGGCCCCUGAUCAAGCUGGAGAUGGUGAUCAGUGAGUCCUGCCAGAAGACCAAGAGGAAGAGCGUCCUGGCCGUGGGCAAAGGCAACGUCAAGGUCAAGUUUGAGCCACAUGUGGGCGAGCACCCAGGAGGCACCAACGACAUCCAGGGCAUCCACCGGGAGUACAAAGACCAGCUCAGCAACUCCAUCGAGCGCGAGGGGAGCCAGGAGCGGAACAUGCAGCAGUGGCCACAGCCCGGCGCCCCCUCUGGCCACGAGGACCGCACCAACAGCACAACCGGGCAGCCGACCCGGGAGGGGCAGGGCCGGAGGCCCCUCAAGGGCGGAGGCCCUGACGCCUUCACCAGCUUCCCCGCGCAGGGCAAGUCCCCGGAGCCCAACAAUCCUAGUGACCUCACCGUGACCUCCAGGGGCCUGACCGACCUGGAGAUCGGCAUGUACGCGCUGCUGUGCGUCUUUUGCCUGGCCAUCCUGGUCUUCCUCGUCAACUGCGUGGCGUUCGCCUGGAAAUACAGACACAAGAGGUCGGCGGUGAGCGAGCAGGGCAACAUCCCGCACUCCCACGACUGGGUGUGGCUGGGCAACGAGGUGGAGCUCCUGGAGAGCCCUGCAGACCUCACCCUGCCUUCCGAGGAGUGCGCCGGCGUGGGGGACCGGGGCCUGCAGUUCGAGGAGCGGAACUUCCUCCUUAACGGGGGCGCCCAGGCCUUCCCUGGCGCGCUGCUGCGGCCCUCCGACCGCGCCUACGACGAGGACAUGCGCGACGAGCCCCUGCACCCCACGGGGCCCAGGCGGAAGCGCGUCAAGUUCACCUCCUACACCACCAUCCUGCCCGAGGACGGCGGCCCCUACACCGACCCCAUCCUGCUGGACGGCGAGGACAGCGUCCAGUGGGUGUGCCCGGACCUGGCGCUGGGCGCGGGGGACUUCCGGGACUACGUGGGCCGGCUGCACGACCCGCUGUGACCGCCUCGGUUCCCAUCACCUUUAUGCCUUCUG